AUGUCACAGUCAAAAUCUCACUUGCCAGAAUCUCCAAGCAAGAAGCAUAGGAAGACUAAAAGUACGGCCUUUACAGGUCUUAAUAUUGAUAAAAGAAAGGACUUUAAACUCCUAUACAACCUAUCUGUAAAGAAUUUAGAGCAAAGUAGAGUCUCUCUAGCUACAGCAUCUCGGAAAAGUGUUGCAUGAAAGAGCAUUAAGCCUAAAAAGGCUCAGGCCAAGGAAGAUCCUUAUAAAAGAGUCUUGCUAAAGUUCUUUAAAUAUAAAGACCAAGAGCUUGAGGAGUACCAGAAGAAAGCAGAGGAGCUUCACAGCCUCAAAAUGCAAGAAAAAUCACGAUUAGAACAGGAGAAGAUUGAGGAAGAACUCAGACAGCAGAAAUUGCUUGAAGAGAAAAAGGUUAAGGAAGAACGCAACAGUAAGAUCAAUCUGGACUUCAGCCAGAAGGUUUAUUAUAAUGGAAAAGACCCUCAGAGUUUCAAGAUAAGGCAAGCAAUGCAGCAGAUAGACCAAGAGAAGGAAGACCUUGCUUUUGAGAGGUUUAAUCAAGGUGAUCUAAGGGUCUUUGAAGCACAAGAUUCUAGAUAUCAUCUGUCUAAGACAGAGAAGCUCGACUUUAGCGAUAAGUUCACUGGAGAGCAAAAUAGAGCUGUCUACCAACAAGUUCGGCCAAGUUAUUACAAUGAGCAUAAGCAAGAUCAAAUUUUAGGCAAGUUUGUAUCCAAGCUAGCUGAUGCAGAGUGGAAUCAGGAAAAGUUUUCAAAACAUUUCAAGAAACCAAAACAUCACAAAAAUACUAACGGAUUUGGCUGGGAAAACACUCUUAGGAAAGAAGAUGGCUUUGAAGAGAUCAGAAGAUAUGAGACUUCAGCUGUUAAAGCUGCAAAAGAUGAUGUAGAAUCCCAUAAAUAUUCACAGGAGCUUUAUUCCUACAUUGAUCCAACAAGAUUCAGAAAUAUUCAGAAAAUAUUCGAACAUUAUUGAACACUUGGGAGAUCUGAUAACUUCAGUGGGAUGGAUACUUCUCAGCUGCAAUCUUUCCUUAAAGACAAUGAGCUGUAUUUCAAGAAUUUCGGGCCUGCAGAUGCAGAUAUUUACUUCUCACAAGGGAAUACCUCCAAGUUUAUCAACUUCAAGUAAGCUUCAUUUUCGAUCAUUCUUAGCAAAUUUUGAGAGAUCUUAAUCAAGCUGGCUAAGCUUAAGUUAAGAUCAAAAAGCCAGAUUAACACAGAAAAGAAGGUUAAGGAUUACCUCAAACAGUUUCUGUUUGUCAGAGAGAAAGCUUUUUAUAGAGAAAAGACUGAUUUAUACUCAGACUGGCUUAUAGAGUUAGGUUCUUCAAAGCUUAAAGAGAUUAAGGCUUCGUGGAAGGAACCUAUGCAGGCUGAUUUUAAUCUUUAUGCAACAAGAUCCAUCCUGUCAAAGAAGCCUGUAAUGGAUACCAAAGUGAUGUACAGAUAUUGCCAAGAAAGAAACAUAAUUCCAUGUCUCGUUAAUAGAACUGUAUGUCUGAACCUUUUCAAGCAGUGUCAGGUUGCUGAAAAGACAGAUAUUUCUAAGGAAUACUUGACUUUUCAGGAAUUUAUGGAGUUUAUCAGCUUCAUAGGUGUGCACUACUUCACUGAACACCAGAGUGAAUACCCAAAGUUGGAUACUUUUGCCAAGAAAGUGCAAGGAAUCUUUCAAUGGCUUAGCAAAAAGAUAGAUUAAGACUAUUAUUUCAAUAUUGAU